AUGGAUAAGUUCAAGUCCGGACUUGAAGGUUUUUUUGACGAACUUGGACCUGACGGUUUUUUAUCAAGUCCGUUUGACGUCCAAAGGCACCGUGAACAUGAAACCGGUCCACUCGAUGACAUUUAUGAUGAACGUGUACGUGAAAUUUUUAAACACGUUGAGAAAAUUAAAGAACAGCAAAGCAAACUAGCUGGCUGGAUGAAAAAUAUUGCAAAGCGACAAACAGAACUUAAUGAUCACAUGAAAUUGGCUGAAGAUUUAAUAAAAAAUAUUGAAAAUUCAAUUAAAACAAGUACAAAAGCUGAAUAUUUGUUAAAACAUGGUGAUUUAUUAGAAAUUUCACGAGAUUUGCAAACACAAAAUGAUGGAACUGUUGAUUAUUCAGUUUCAAAUGAUUUUACCCAAAGUCAUAUCUCACCGCCAUAUGUAUCGGAGGUACUUGUUAUUAAAAAUUAUCUGCAAUUAAAACAGCAAAAUGGAUUCAUUUACAGUGAACCAUUAAAAAUGAAUAAUCAAACAUUUAAAUUACGAAUUGGUACAAAUGGUGAUUCUAGUACUUCGGGUACACAUUUGACGUUAUAUGUUGUCGUAUAUUCUGAUAAUAAAAAUCAAAAAGCAUCAAAAUAUGAUUAUCGUAUUAAAAUGAUUAAUCAACAGGAAAAUUCAACACACAAAGAUUAUAUUAUAGAAGAUUUUGGAGGUUUACUUAAAAAUGGUGUUCCGACUGCUGCUGAUGGUUACUUAGUAAAUGAUCAAUUAAUAUUUAAAUAUACUGUUCGUCCAUCGACUUAUUUUGAAUUAUAUAAUAUGGUAAAAGAUCAAAAUGAAAGACUACAAAGAGAAGUUGAAAAAUUGUGUAAUGAAAAUGUUGAAUUAAAAUGUGAAAAUAAACAACGAAAAUUAGAUCAAGAUAAACUAUUGAAUAUUAAUGAACAACUACAAUUGGAUAAUGAAGAAUUACGAAAACGAAUUAAUGACUAUGAAACAAAAAUAAAACUGAUCGAAGAUGAAAAAAUAGGUACAAGUGAAUCACUGUGUGUUGUUGAAAAUGAGACAAAUUCAAAUGAUGAAGUAAAAGCAAAUCCACCUUAUGGUACAAAACGAUCAGCUCCAGGUCAAACUCGUUCAGGAAGAUCAGUGAAAGCAAAGAAAAGUUAG